AUGGCUUCCUUGCCUUCGGAGGCAGGAGCUCAGACAGAGAGCGCCUCGGAAGAGUCUACUUCGGAGGCAGAGAAACUGAAAGAGGAGUCGCCGAAGCCAGAUGAAGUUUCGGAUCAGCUGCUGCAAACUUUCCAAGGCGCGGCGCUUAACUUCUCAACCGACCAAGUAGCAUGUCUAUGCGAGGCGCUGCUGCAGGCGGGGAAUGUCGAUCGCCUGGGUAGAUUCCUCUCCACCAUCCCUCAGUCUGCAGACCUGCUACGUGGCAAUGAGACCCUACUGAAGGCCCAGGCACUGGUCUCUUUCCACCGGGAGGAAUUCAAGGAACUGUAUGCUAUCUUGGAGAGCCACGACUUUCACCCAAGCAACCAUGCAUUCCUACAGGACCUGUACUUGCAGGCACGAUACAAGGAGGCGGAGAGGUCCAGAGGUCGUAACCUCGGCGCCGUGGACAAGUAUAGGCUGCGAAAGAAAUUCCCCCUGCCAAAAACAAUAUGGGACGGAGAAGAGACUGUGUAUUGCUUUAAGGAAAAAUCGCGCAACGCACUUAAAGAAUGUUACAAAAGCAACAGGUAUCCAACUCCCGACGAGAAGAAGAAUUUGGCCAAAGUCACUGGACUCUCUCUCACCCAAGUCAGCAACUGGUUCAAGAACCGCCGGCAGAGAGACCGAACCCCCUCCGGUACCAACAGCAAAAGCGAAUCGGAUGGCAACCACAGCACAGAGGACGAGGCCAGCACGAGUGGGCUUGAGGACGUAACCAUGACACCCAUCUCCCAUGACGACCCCUGUCGCCCGGUCACGCCUCUCAUCUCCCUGCCUGCUGCUACCUGCAGCUCGGCGGGCCAGCUGCUGCUCAACGGCACGGGGGGUUUCCUCACCUCCCAGCAGCCCCUGCUCCUGAACGGUGGGGGCGUGAUCAUCAACGGGCUGACCCUGGGUGACGGGCGCACCAUUACUCUCAGCCCCGUGGCUGCCAACUCACCGCUGCUGCUCAGUGGGGCGCAGGUCAUCGCCAAGUCAGCCGGGGGUGUUGAUUUGGGUGUGAAGGAGCAGGCCGUCUCUACCGGGGGAACUCAGGCCAGCCUGCCUGCCAUCGUCUCCCUCCCCCCUCCAGAGGAAGCCAAGACAGCUGACAGUGGCUCUGACGUCUCUGUCCUGCCGGCUACAGAUUUCAUUGGCUCCCUCACUGCUCCAGGGGAGCUGACACUUAGGACUGGAGACGCCUCCCAAAUCCUCUGCCCCACGACUGUGUCCUCCUCAGCCUCCUCCUCCACCCUGUCUUCCACCUGCUCCCUGCCCUCCCUGGUCUUGGGCCAGGGCAGCAAACUCGCAGACACGCCCGUGUCUCAGGGGGGACCUUCUCCCACGCAGUCCCAGGAAAUUAUGCUCUUGGCCUCUAUGGGAUACCCUCUCACCCCACACAGCCAGAUAUGUUCAGUAGUGUCUUCCACCACCUCCUCCUCCUCCUCCUCUUCAUCUGCUCCCCAAGUCCUUUCUCUGCCUCAGGUGGUUCCGUCCAUUCAGGGGAUACCCAUCUCCAAGCCAGCCCAGCAUCAGCCCCCAGGAUCACAGCUGUCCCCCUGCCCACAGCUGGUUCCGGUGGCCCCCUUCACCACCCAGCUCGCCCAGGGCACCAUCCAGCACGCUCCAGCGCCAGGCCUCCAGCUGGGCCCCCGCUUGGCUCAGCCCCAGCCCCUGCUGGGCUCCAUCGCUGGGGGUGAGAGUGUCGUGACAGUGUCCCACCUGACAAAUGUGCAGCAGCAACAGCAGCUGGGUGACCAGGCGGCUCCUGCCUCCACCAUCCAGUCUCUCCAUUCCCUCCCCCAAACCCAGGCGAUCCAUGUGAACGGCACCCAAAUCAUUCCCCUCUCCUCCCCAACGCAGGUGGUCCCCGUCUCACAGCCUGGGCAGGCCCCCUCCACCCAGGUCGUCCCCCUGUCUCUGCCACAGCUCAUCUCCGUGCCCUCCAUACCUGUAGCCUCCUCCGUCUCCAUGGCUUUUCCCCAGGUGGUCCCAGCCACCCCUACUUACUCGUUGUCACCCACAGGGGGCGCCUUUCAGAUCCUCACAUCCAGCACAGGCACAGCUGCAAGCCUGACCCAGGGGCCUUUCAGGGUCAGCCAGCUGGGGCCCCUCCAGAGUGUGGGAGCCCCUGCUAGCAAGUCACCCGGGGUCCAGCUCCUCAACUCUGGAGUCCUUCAGCUGCCCACCUCCUCCCCAGGGAACGUCAUUCUGACAGGAGGGGCGGGACCCAGUCCCAUCCUCACCGGCCUGAGCUUCCAGCAGGGAAAGCUGAUCCUGACCAUCCCAGCUGGAGUCCAGUUCACCAACCUGCCCCUUAAGCCCGGCUCCGAGAACCCUGCGCCUAGCAACGGCGGUGUCAUCCUCACCCCUGUGAUCUCGACCAGCGUAUCGGGGACUGGUGGCGGUGUGCUGACCGUCCCCGUCCCCGUCUCCGUCUCCACCCCUGUCCCCACCUCUCUUGCGCAGACUCCGCCCUCCUCUUCCUCUGGCUCGUUCCAGAGCGAGCCCUCUCUCGGUUUCGUCAACUCCUCCGUGCUUUAUGCCACCCCCGACGCGGACUCCCCCAGCCCAGCCACCCCGCACUCCGCAGCAGGCAGCCUCCCUGCUCCGCAGUCGCUCUGCCCGGAGAGCGCCCUCACGCUCAGCCCCUCGUCCAGCCACGUGCCCGCCCAGUCCAGCUGGAACCCCGUGCCCCUGUCCACCUCCGCAGGCCUGGCUCUGUUUGACGUCAGGGGGAAGGGAGAGCUACCCGAGGACCAGGCUUUACUGGGCCUCGCAGGAGGGGAGGCCCUGCUCCUGGGCGCCCCUUCUCCAGACCAGGACGUGGGCGGCGCGUCACCGCUGGGGGACCCUGAAGAAAUGGACGAGGACCCUAAAAUACUCACCCAGCUUCAGUCUGUGCCUGUUGAUGAAGAUCUGGGCUUGUGA